AGCUGUGACGUCAGCAAGUGGUGCAGGAAGAGAGCGCGCGCGCGAGGAGGAUGAGGAGACAUCAGACCUCCAAAAACCAUGAAACGGAAUGAUGACAGACAGCCACAGACGUGUCGGUGAGAAGACAGCAUGGGCUUCACGGAUCAGGGACUGCAGAGCCGCAGGAUGGUUGUCUUUGCAGCCGUCUUUCUGUUGAUGACGUUCCUCAUCCUGUACAGCUCCAACGCUGGAAGUAAUGCCAGCAACUACACGUCGUUCCGUGUUUCUAUAAAUCAUGUUCGCAAGCCCACAAAUCUGAAAAAGUGGGCUGGGAAAGACGGCUAUGUGCCGAUCCUUGGAAAUAAGACUAUGACGUUGCACUGUCAAUACUGUGCACUGGUGACGAGCUCUAGUCACGUCCUGGGGAGCCAUGCCGGAGAUGAUAUCGACCACACAGAAUGUGUAAUUCGCAUGAACGAUGCUCCCACUUUGGGCUAUGAAGCUGAUGUAGGAAACCGGACAUCCGUGAGGGUGGUAGCCCAUUCAAGUGUGUUCCGUGUAAUCCGAAGACCGAACGAGAUUCUCCAUGGAAUGGACAGCAGGCCUGUGAUCAUCUUUUGGGGGCCUCCAAACAAGAUUGGGAAGGAUGCCAAAGGAACCUUGUACAGAUUGAUUCAGAGGUUCAGCAUGACCUACACCAAUGUGUCUUGUUUCAGUAUCACACCAAACAAGAUGCACAAAUUUGACAGUCUAUUCCAGAAGGAGACGGGGCGAGAUAGACAAAAAUCUCACUCCUGGUUAAGUACAGGCUGGUUCACCAUGGUGAUAGCCAUCGAGAUCUGUGAUAACAUCAAAGUGUAUGGGAUGGUUCCACCCAGUCACUGCGGAAAAAAAUCUGGAUUAAAGAAGAUGCCCUAUCAUUACUACAAACCCAGGGGAGCUGAUGAAUGUGUGACAUACCUACAGAAUGAAAGUGGCAGAAGAGGAAACCAUCAUCGUUUUAUUACUGAGAAACAAGUAUUUGCACGAUGGGCAAAGCAGUACAACAUCAAUUUUACUCAUCCCACAUGGUGAAAAGACUGGA